GAGAAAGACUGGAUGAAUGCAUUAGCCAUUCCUGUUGAAGAAACAUUAUGUGGUGGACAUCAAAUGAACAUUCUACUGAAAGAAUGGAUGAACAAGAUAGGUUGAGUCAGGCCUCCAGUGUGGUAACCAUUUCUUCAUUUCCUGUGAGGCCCCAGACAGGUGAAGAGAAGGUUCAGACGUUUGGGAAAAGAUGUUAUGCAGUAAAAAGAGAUCCUAACUGCCCUGUGGUGAUCAGAGGAUGGCUCUACAAAAAGGACAGUAUGGGACUGAAGUUGUGGAAGCGAAGAUGGUUUGUGCUCUCAGAAUACUGUCUGUUCUACUAUAAAGACAGCAGGGAGGAGACCAUUUUGGGCAGCAUCCCCCUGCCAAGCUACAAUGUUCUCUUCUGUACCCCAAGAGAGUGCAAGAACCGGAAAUACACAUUUAAAGUCGUACAUAAAGGCAUGCGCACCUACUUCUUCAGUGCAGACACCCAGGAGGAUAUGCUGGGCUGGGUCAGAGCUAUCAGCCAAUCAGCAAGCAUGGAUACAGAGUCCACCAUUUCUAAGCGUUGCUCUAGUUACCAAGACUUCACAGAGGUAGACAGCACUGAGUUUAUGCAUACUCAACAUAAUUCAUCAAUGAGAGAUGUACAAACCAGCAAAAAAACGACUGAACCAACUAAGCAUCAAGGAGAAAGAGCAGAAUCUCAGAUAGAGUAUGGAGGAAAAAAGAAGACUGUGCAAAGGAGUGAACUGUCAAACAAAGAACAGACUGAUGAGUGCUGCCCACCCUUCCUCUCUGUUCCACAAUACUUCCCUUCCUGUCCACAAUCCCUGAGCUCCAGGGGUCAACUAGACUCACGUCCCCACACUCCAGUUGGGAGAGUUGACAUUAGACCUAAUAACGACCUGCCACCAAUACCGCCUUCCAACAAACAAACAUUUGGUGUGGAAAGACAUACACACAAGGGAUCUGUGAGCAGCCAGUUACCACCUUUACCAUCUUCCCGACCCUCCCCUAAUUUAGGAAACCCACAUUACCAGUCCCUUCACAGUCAGUCAUAUGUAUGUCAGCAUCCAGCGACUCUGUCUGAAAGGUAUGAUGGAUUUCAAGGAAGUGAAAUUCAUUCCAGCAAAACUCCUGAUAACCACGUUGAUGCUGUCUUGACAAAGCUCUGUGGAUGUGACAAGCAGCUUCAGGCUCUUUGUGUAGAACUGUCUCAUUUGCAAGUGGAAAAGGAAAAUCUUCAGGCUGCUCUUGAAGUGAGCCACAUACAACGGGACGAAUGCAAGUAUACAGAGGCAAAAAUGACCCAGAAAGCCUUGCUACAGGAAGAGCUGGUCACCCUCAGAGCUAGAAUAUAUGAUGUGUCAACAGACAUGGAUUAUGUGUGGUGCCAGUAUGAGAGGAUGGAAUCUGAACUGGCAGUGUUUCGCUCUCAGCUUCAGCAUGUAUGCCACUAUGGCCUACACCAGGAGCAGCACAAAGCACAAAAGCAACUGUGGAUGAUGGAGGACAUUCUGUGUGGUCUGAGAGACAGCAGAAAUCACUACAGGCUAGUAUUAGGACUGCAUGACCAGCCAGGUGAAGAACUAACUGGACACAAUUUGGAGGUAGAGUUGGAUGCCCCAUUUGCUCCCCCUUUGACUCAUGACCUUUGGAGAACCAGCCCAAAUAUGUGUAGGGCUGCAAGGUGUGAUUCGCAUAUCUAUAGUAAACCGUUUUCUUGCUACCAAGAACAGAAACAGGAUGACUGGAAUCAAGCUAGUAGAAUUCAUACCUUGCCAUCGGCAGAUCCAACUGUGAAUAUUACUAGAAUGAAUGGCACGAAUGGCCACAAAAAAGAUGGCAGAAAGGAAAUCAGAGAGCAAGAGCAAAUCGAGAGAAUGAAGAGCUAUGAGGAAAAAACUGGUACCCAGAGGGAAGCAUCUGUAUCCAAACCCUCUGCUGCCGAACAUGAUCAGAGUUUCGACUUGGAUGAAGCCACAGCUUUGCCCCUCAGGGUGACACGUGUCAUCACAGCAACCCUGCCCUCUGCACUCAUUGCACAUCGAGUUUCUGUGCAGGACCCACCGCUUGAACUGCUUAAUCCACUCCCAGAGCAAAUACCCCAAAUGCUGCCUAAAAGGGCUCCAAGUAAACCCACGCGGAUGUCCUCUCAAUACACUGGACUCAGGAUACCAGAGGAAGAAAAAAAUGAUGUGACAGCUCAGAGAGCAGUAAAAAUGGCACGACAAAGGAAGGAAUCAUCUGGUAGAGAAGCCCCUCAACAAAACAGAAGACAAUCGACAACAUCUAAAGAGCCGAGGCUGGCUCAGGAAGUCGAUGGGAAUGUGAAUCCAAACGGUGAAGAAAGAAGAGAUCAGAACUCAGACCUUAAUCUUCGCCAUGAGCAGAGAGAAGCAAAACUGAAGCGAGUUGAGCGCAUUAGACAGAGAGUCAUCAGAAGUGCAUCUAGAGACCAGACUGUCCAGACUGGCAAUCUUCCUACAGAUUCUGAAGGGCAAGUAUUCCAAAGCACUUCUUCAAAUAUUAAUGUUGGCGACAGUGUCAAAUCCUUGGAUUCUGGCCAUGAAAUCUGCAACAAUUUGUCAUCUCACAUACCGUCAUUUCCAGUUCAAAACACGACUCUAACCAAUGAGGUUGGUUCAACAGAGAAGCCCUCACCAUCCAACAAGAACCGAUCUGAAUGGUUCCUGUCAACUUGUGAAUGGCAGGAAUUCAGACCCUUGGUCAGUUCUGGAUUUGAAUCAUUUUUUUAUGAUGAUACAACUAAGGCUGGAUUAGAGGUUCUGUCAGACCACUCAUCAGCCAGCCAGCAAAACAAAGACUCAGCUAAUAAGCAAUUAAACUCAAGAAAGAUUCACAUAUCAGGAGCAAGACCCAGGGGCAGAGAAAAUAGAGUAGAAUUACUCAAGGGGGCUUCCGUAAGUCAGGAUAAAAAGGAGAGAGUAGGGGAAAAGUUAUGUGAAAUGACCACACUUCCAUCAAUGUCAGUCAUAAUGACACCAACGGCAAAUUGUAGUUGCGAUGAGAAAAAUAGUAGUCUGACCAAAAACGAGAAUUACAAACUUCCUACCGAUCCAGAGGUAUCUUCUGUAUCAUCAGAAAAAUGUUUACAUCACCAGGUAAACCUUGAUUUGUCUGUUUAUGAGGAGAUACCACAUGCUGAUGAUUCUUCACAAAGAAAAAACUCAAAACAUUACAAUAAUGUUAAUUCAUUAACAACUGAACACUCAGGACAUGAGACGCAAGAUAAAUGCGAAAAGCGAAAAGAUAAAUGUGUAGAUGGAGUUACAGUGGAUGUCAUGGCAGAGAAAGAUGAAUGUACACAAAGUGAGACAGUGUCAUGCAUUCCUGCAAAUAACCAAAGCAAUAUUCAAUCAAAAAGUAAUCAGCCAGUGUACUGUGCCAUAGCUAUGAAUGGACUGGAAAAUCACAGUCCUUCAUUUCUUUGGAGUAAAGUUACUGUGGACAGCACUAGUUUAUAAUGCUAUCAUCAGAAGUCAAAUAGAAAUUCACCAAGACACCUACAUGCAAUGUUACAAUAUUUAAGCAUUAUAUACUUAAUUCAAUCAGUUAGAAAAAUACACUUUACAGUCAGGAACUAUGUACAUAUACACAUUUGUUGGAUAAAAUAAUGGUAAGAACUUAAAUUACGUUAUGGUUGCUAAGUUGUUUCUAAACAAUAUAUUCAUAAUUUAACAUAGUAAAUCAGUAACACAUUUUUUUUAAUGUACUGUAGUAAUUCAAUGGUAAACUACCACAUUUUUGCAGCAGUUAACCAGAAACUUGUUUACCAAAUUUACAAACAUGAUAUAGUGGCUGUCUGAUAUGAAACUUCUUGAAUACAGAGUGAUUGAGAGGAAGCUAGACUGCAGAAGUAGGUGAAAGCUAACCUUGCUGCUUUGCGCACGAUUUCAUUGCCGCUGCUAGGUAGCAUGCAUUCCAUGGACCUAAUUUUCGCCUCAGAUAGGGAUCGCAGACGAUGACGACAUCUAAGCAACACAACAAAGCUUGUAUUUUGGUUAAGAACCAAACCAGCUUUUGUUCAAAUCUGCACACCUAUCACUAUUGAAAAAUGUAGGGUUAAUUUAUCCAAUGUUAUUUUUAAAUAUUAACACACUCUACAUACUGUAUGUCAUCUGGUAUAGGCUAAUUGAUACGACUGGCUAGCCCAUGAGCUACACACAGAUGCAUUUGAUAGACAUCCGUAGCACCCAAUAAACGGCUCUGGGAGUUCGGAAACCAUGCCUCAAAUACGAGAAAAGGAAUGUUUGGUUCCCAGACCACAUUGAGAUGUGGUGCCGUUUGCCAGGCUAGGUGAAAGCAGCACCAUGGAAAAACUGAUGUUGAAUUGAUAUUUAUGCUCCAUUUAGCGCUAAGACGGUAGGCCUCUACCUAGUUUGUCAAAAUCCAACUGGGUCAUAUACCCAAUCAAAAAUGUUACUAUCAAAAAAUCAAUCCAUCAAAAUCAAUACUUACAUAGUGCAAUAUCAAGCAUUCUUGGCACUCACUGGCAAUGUUAGAGAUUAUUACAGUAGGCCUAUUAGCAUCUAAAUGAGUUUGAAGCCUUUAUUUUAGGGCAAAAUGACUCCAUUGUGUUCCUCUAAACUACAGAGACCGAUGAGUAUUUGUAGCUUGCUCUUCACCCUGUCAAUCAAUUGUUAACUGUAAGCUACUUAUGUGUGUUUUUUUCUCAAGCGCUUGCAAAAAUGAAAGUAAUUUUUAAAGUAAAGUAAGCAUUACAUUCAUGAACAUGGCAAUACUUCAUUUGCAACAUUCAUUGAAUAUCUCCAAUAAUGUUUAAUGAUGUAACACUGUAUUAGUAAUUCAUUAAUAAAUGGUGAAAUGCUUUACACUUUACAA